GCAGAGCUGCAUUACGAACGCGUAGACCUCGGCGAGUGCAGCCACCUGCGAAAUAUAUCGAAGGUGGUCGCUAACCUCAAAUAAAAUUCUUUAUUAAAUUUGCUCAAAAUAAAUUCAUGCUCAGGACGACCAUGGCGAAUUUGCGGAAAUUCAUAGAUAUUGGGGCCAAUUUAACAGACCCUAUGUACCAGGGUGUAUACAAUGGGUCUCAAAAACACGAGCCUGAUUUACAUAGAGUUUUGGAAAGAAGUUGGUCCAACAACAUUUCCAAAAUCAUAAUAACAGCUGGCAAUAUUGAACAAAGCAAAAAAGCUUUAGAAUUAGCUAAAACUGAUGAUAGGCUUUUUUCAACUGUUGGUUGCCACCCAACAAGAUGCAGUGAAUUUGAAGAAUCUGGAGACCCAGAAUCAUAUUUAAAAUCGUUGACUGAUCUUGCAUCAGAAAAUAAAGAUAAAAUAGUCGCCAUCGGCGAAAUGGGAUUAGAUUACGACCGAUUACAGUUUUGUCCCAAAGACACUCAGAAAAAGUACUUUGAAAUGCAACUGAGUAUGUGUUCAACAUUGAAUCUGCCCAUGUUUUUACACUGUAGAAAUGCUUCUGAAGAUUUUGUACAAAUUCUAAGAAAGCACAAAGGUAAACUGACCAAUGGUGUUGUACAUUCUUUCGAUGGAAAUCCGGAAGAUGCCAAUUCGAUAUUACAAAUGGGGCUUUCUAUUGGAAUCAAUGGAUGUUCCUUAAAAACAGAAGAUAAUCUUUUUGCGGUGACUACAAUCCCCUUGGAUAGACUGAUGAUUGAAACUGAUUGUCCAUGGUGUGAAGUGAGGCCAACACAUGCAGCAGCUCAACAUAUUAUUACUAGUUUUCCCUCAGUGAAGAAAGAGAAAUGGCAACCUGACCACUUGGUGAAGGGUCGUAACGAACCUUGCAACAUUGUACAAAUUCUGGAAAUAUUAGCUCGUGUUAGGGACGAGGAAGAAGAGUAUCUGUGCAACCAGAUAUAUAAAAAUACAAUGAAACUGUUCUUUCCUCACGAGUUAUAACUUUCUUAUGAACUAUUAUUUAUUUUAUAAGCAUCAAUGUAUCACACACCAUACCUUAAUAUUAGAAACAUAAACUAAGUCUUUUUGCAUUGAACAUUACUUGGGCUUUCGAAACUUCAAUUCAUAGCAAAUUUGUGAGUAUGAAAGCAAGCAUGUGUAAUCUGCUAAGCAGUAGGAAUGAUCAUAAAGUAUAUUUGAAGCCAAAUUUCAAUUAGGUAUCCUUAUAGAAUUUCUACGCCUCACAUUGAUACUACUGUAAUUUAUAAUCCAAUUUAAAUUAAAGAAACAAUAAACUCAAGUAAUACCAACGAGACAAUAUUCGUCAUCUUUACUGAAACUGUUCACCGCUUAAAAGUUCCCGUCAUCUAUGCCUAGCGUUCGACCGAUGAUUUGGCUGUGAGGAUAAAAUAUUUGUCACAAUUUUAGUACUGCAGUAUUCCCAAAAAUUUUGGACGCCAACUAGGAAAUAGGAAUUUAUGAACAAUGAAAACAUGCAGAGUAUUUUACCAAAAUUAAAAAAUUUGAUAACGUAUCUAAUCUAGAAAUCAUGUUGAUUAUAAAAUGCUUAACGUUUGGAUGAGCCUCCUUAUACAGAUGGAUGAAAAAUGUUCCAUAUUGUAGUGAAAACUUCCCUUUGUACAAAAGUUACGCAUACUUACUAGAAACAUUUGAUGUACGAACGAUAAAAUUUCAUGACCGAUAUGAUAUGGUCUGUAAUGCACUUGUUGGGAUCUCAGAAACUUAUUAUUUUGCCACAAUCUUCAUUGAAGGGUCACUUACUGUAGUGAGUGUUAAUCUCUUCAACGUAACCAUAAGAUACAGACCACUCUUUAGACCUCACUGGUAAAUCCUCAUUAUUUGAGAAAAAUUCAUCACACCAUUUCUCUUCACUACAACCAAGUGGCCGAUGACAAGUUCUGUUACUACUAUAAGAUAUAAAUUCAAUUAACAUGGACAUCACAAAUUUUGGAUCGUAGAACUGCAAGUGAAUUGAAACCAACAAUUAGUAAUAUCAAACACUCAGUUUGAUGUGAUAUGAUGCAGUGAAGCUAGAGCUCACACAUUAUUGAAUAAUACAUCACUAAAGAGGCUAUGUUUGAAUACAUUUUGUAUCAAUCAGUAGUAUUGUUUGCAUCAAUAACGUAUGAUUGAAAAUAGACUGCGUUUUAGAGAUAAAAAAUAAAAUAUAAAAGAACCACUUACAUAAUAAUAAACGCAACUUACUUUAUUUAUUUACGUCUACAGUUAGUACAUGACCAUUCUGUAAAUCUGUUGUGUAAAUUUAUCCAGCAGUAUUUAGACUGGAAUAUUUUCUGCGAUAGAUUUAGUGGGUAAAACAGUUUCAAUUUCGGAUGAACCGAAUUCUGUAUAACAGAACACCAAACUAUUAUUAUUUUCUCAACAAAUUUAUAUGCAAUUUUUUAUGUUGAUAACUAAAUUAUAAUUACUGUUACUCAAACAGUGACUUUUGUAAACCGUAUCAAGGUCAAGGUUUCAAAUGUCAAGAUAAUCAAUCGUAUUAUUAAUUUAAAGAAUUAUAUUUUUUACGCAACACUUUCGUACGAUGUUCUUAUUCAUUAUUGUACAACUUUUUACACCAUUCUACAACAAUAUGCAAUUAUAUAAACACAUCAAUCAAAUCCUACAGCUUAAUUCGUAAAAAAAAAAAUUUUGUUAAGUAGGAAGGCCGAGACAAAUCAAUUCAAAUACUGAAAUACAUCAUGAUAUUUAGAAUAAUCUGAAA